GUUCGUUUACUAAAGUUUGACGGCCUUAAAAAAGAUUCUCCCUUCCCUUUAGUAUAAAAAGUUUCAAAUCUCCCUUUCAAGUCUUUCAUCAACGCGUCCACCUCAAAAAUUUGUGAACUCUAGCUCCUACAAAAUUCAUAUGUGAUUUUCUUUCUUUUCUUGGUCACUGCAUUCCACUUUCAGAUCAAGCUCCCUUCUCCUGGCAAAUCCCGGGUUUGUUCGGUUCUUGUUCUUUUGGAUCAUCUUCUUCUGUUACAUCGUUUCACACAUUACAGGGGAAAGGUUGCCCAUAUCGGUGAAAAGGUGGGAUCCAGAAGAAGAAGAUGUGGUGUCUCUCUUGCUUCAAACCCUCCACUUCUGAGGAUCCUUUUGAAGCAGAGACUAAUCUUGCCUUAGAAGUCUCACGGGAAGAAGCUGACACUCAAGAAGCUCAACUGCUUGCUUCCGCCCUUCAAGAAUCUUCUCGUCUCCAUCAACAGCUAGAGGAUGAGCAAAAAAGGCGUACCAGAGAGUUAGAAAAGGAAACGCAGCCUGCUAAGAUUGUUGUUGAUACUCCUAAGGAUAAAGGCAAAAGCAAACAGUUUGAAGAACAAGUGAAGAAGGACGAACAGGUAGCGCAAGAUCUUCAAAACCGCUUAAACAAGAUGGCAUUUGAGGAAAGUCCAGCGCUCCAUAAUAACGGCAAAGAUGAGCAGUUUGCUAAAACCUCUAAGAGAUCAAAGGAAAGACGCAAAAGCAAACAAUUUGAAGGUGAACAAGUGAAGAAGGAUGAACAGGUAGCGCAAGAUCUUCAAAACCUCUACACUGAGAUAUCAUACAAGGAAAACACAGGGCUGGAGGAUAACUCUGUGCUAGACAAUGAAGAUGAGCAGUAUGCUAAGAACUUUGGGAAGAGUUUAAAAGUGAAAGGUAAAGAAAGGAUACUUGAAGAUGAACAAGUGAAGAAGGAUGAAGAACUUGCUGCCAGAGUUCAUGAGAGUCUAAACAUGCAUGUGAAGAAGGAUGAAGAACUUGCUUCUAGAUCGUCAUUGGAUGAAGAUGUACAGCGGACAAUUUGGGAGAGUUUAAAAAAGGGCAAGGGUAAAAUAAAGGACGAGGUGGAAGAAAAUGGAAAUCUUCCAAAGAUAAAUCCUCCUCCUCCUCCUAGCAUGUGUGGUGGUUGCAACUUUGAGAUUGAACAUGGAAGAUCUGUGGUGGAUGUCUUGGGUGUUCUUUGGCAUCUUGAGUGUCUCUGGUGUGAUGCUUGCCACAAUUCAAUAGCUGUCCACGAGGUUGAAACCCAUGUUUCAAACUCAAGAGGAAAGUUUCACAAGGCCUGCUAUGAACGAUACUGCUAUGUCUGCGAAGAGAGGAAGAUGAAACAAUACAAUCAUCAUCCUUUCUGGGAGGAGAGGUACUGCCCUGCUCAUGAUUCUGAUGGCACUCCUAAAUGUUGCAGUUGCGAGAGGCUAGAGCCUAAGGAAAGGAACUAUGUAAAGCUGGGUGAUGGUCGGUGGCUAUGUCUGGAAUGUAUGGAAUCUGCGUUUAUGGAUACUUAUGAAGUCCAGCCUCUGCAGUUUGAAAUCCGUGAAUUCUUUGAAGGCUUAAACAUGAAAAUUGAGAAAGAGUUUCCUUUUCUGUUGGUGGACAAACAAGCAUUAAAUAAAGCUGAGGAGGAAGAAAAGAUUGACUACCAGUAUGAGGUGGUAACCAGAGGUAUUUGUCUGUCUGAAGCACAGACUGUCACAAGUGUAUCAAAAAGGCCAAGGAUAGGGCCGCAGAACCAGCUAAUUGGCAUGGUUACAGAGUCUCAAAGGGUUGUAAGUGACUGCGAGGUCACUGCGAUUCUCAUCCUAUAUGGACUACCUAGGUUAAUGACAGGAUAUAUAUUGGCUCACGAGAUGAUGCAUGCUUAUCUAAGACUCAAUGGAUAUAGGAAUCUGAACAACGUAAUAGAAGAAGGAAUAUGCCAAGUGCUAGGACACAUGUGGUUGGAGUCUCAGACAUACGCCCCUAUUAAUGAUGCAACUGAAGCAGUAGCUUCAUCAUCAUCAUCAUCCCACACUCCAGCUGGAGCUGCUACUGCAUCGAAGAAAGGUGCAUGCUCUGCUUUUGAGAAGAAGCUGGUGGAGUUUUGCAAGAAUCAGAUAGAAACAGAUGACUCCCGGGUCUACGGUGUGGGGUUCAGAGAGGUUAACGAGAUGGUGAGCAAUUCCAGCCUUCAGGAAACGCUCAAAGAGAUUGUUCGCCAUCGGGGUUGAAGACGAUCUCGAGUUUUGAAUCACCCGAAUACGACACGUUACGUUGACACAUACAUUACCAGAGUCCUACAAAGAUAUACAGACUCACGCUUUCAAACCAUUACCAAGUACCCCUUUUUACUAUCUGGCUGUGUUAUUUUCUGAGAUUGUGCUUGAUGGCUAUGUCUGUGUGUAAACUUUCUUUUUUUCCCGCAAAAUUUGAACCUUUCGAGGAUUUUGCGUUAAUCGGUAGUAUCUUCGUCAGAUUUAAAUUCUCGCUGGAGAUCAGUUCCCCUUUUGAAACUAAAGAAAUUGCUUUCUCAAGUCUUUUUUUUUU